GCUAGUAGUAGUAUGGCAAAGAGCAAGGUUCUGGUUGUGGGAGGCACAGGGUACAUUGGGCGCAGGAUUGUUAAGGCAAGCUUAGCACAGGGACAUGAAACCUAUGUCCUCCAACGGCCCGAGAUCGGCCUCGACAUGGACAAGUUACAGAUUUUAUUGUCCUUCAAGAAGCAAGGAACUCACCUUAUUGAGGGCUCAUUUUCCGAUCACCGGAGCCUUGUGAACGCCGUGAAACAAGUUGAUGUGGUCAUUUGCGCCAUCUCCGGGGUGCAUUUUCGGAGUCACAACCUUUUGAUGCAGCUCAAGCUUGUUGAUGCCAUCAAAGAAGCUGAAAAUGUCAAGGUACAUCAGUAG